AUGGAGCAAAUGGCUUUGGCCCUUCGAAGCGCUGCCCAGAAGCUCCGCCCUUACUUCCAAGCCCACCCGGUGGUCGUGCUCACCGAUCAGCCCCUUCGCAACAUCCUGCACAAGGCGGACCUGACUGGAAGAAUGCUUCAAUGGGCCAUAGAGUUGAGCAAAUAUGGAAUUGAGUUCCAACCCAGGUUGUCCAUGAAAGGGCAGGUAAUGGCUGACUUUGUGGUGGAAUACUCCCAAAGAUCUGCCCAACAUAAGGAACCACGCGGAGAAGAGUGGUGGACUUUGCAGGUUGAUGGGGCCUCCUGGUCAUCAGGAUUCGGAGUAGGGCUCCUACUGCAAUCCCCAACAGGAGAACAGUUGGAGCAAGCUAUCCGGCUGGGAUUCCCCGCCUCUAACAAUGAAGCAGAGUAUGAGGCCAUCCUAUCCGGGUUGGACCUCGCCCUGGCCCCGUCCGUCUCCAGGCUCCGAGUUUAUAGUGAUUCCCAACUCGUCGUAAGGCAUGUCCAGAAAGAAUACGAAGCUAAGGAUGAGCACAUGGCGCGAUAUCUGACUAAAGUAAGACACACCCUACAACGGUUCUCCGAGUGGACAAUCGAAAAAAUUAAACGAACUGAAAAUGGACGCGUUGACGCCCUGGCAGGCACUUUGCCCGAAGAGCCCAAGCAGGCACAUAAGACCUGGGUACAAGCAGCCCACUUCACCCUGAUCGGGGGGCACCUGUACAAGCGGUCCUUUACAGGCCCCUACCUCAGGUGCCUAGACCACUCAAAAGCCCUGUAUGUGUUGGUUGAGUUACAUGAGAGAGUGUGUGGAAAUCAUUUCGGAGGUCGAUCUCUAGCGCACCGGGCUCACUCGCAAGGAUAUUAUUGGCCCACAAUGAAAAAAGAUGCAGCAACUUAUGUCAAAAGGUGCGACAAGUGCCAAAGGCAUGCCCCCAUACCGCAUGCGCCGUCGGAGACAUUAAAACCAAUUUCUGGCCCUUGGCCUUUCGCGCAGUGGGGCAUGGAUAUAGUAGGACCCCUACCAGCCGCAGCUGCUCAGAAGAAAUUUCUGCUUGUCGCCACAGAUUACUUCAGUAAAUGGGUGGAAGCUGAAGCAUACGCUAGCAUCAAGGAUAAAGAUGUCACCUAG